UUUCACUCAUUUUUGCAGUAUCAUACAAUUUUAGUUUACAUUAAGAGGAGUGUUUCUUUUCUCAAAUUUUCUUGUUUCCAGCCGUGCUUGAUAAUCUUGGAUUCACAACUUUCUUGGGAUGGAAAAAUUUCCAGUCUUGUGAGUAGCCCAGGUAAGUUAAGGUAUACUAAAUGGGGUGAGCACCUUCUACAGCUGAGUUGGGUGAAUUUCCUUUCAUGGGAUUGGUACCGAUGGUCCAGAAAGACUAUAGAGGCCAUCAUUGAGGUAGCAAUUGCUUCGAAGAAUGUCCUCAUUAAGGAGAAGAGUUUUGCUGAACUCUCAUCUUACUUAGAACACACCAUUCCUCUCUUACGGGAGUUGAAUAUGAAGGACAUUAGAGAUUCAGAAGGGUUGGAAAACUUUGUGGAGAUUCUUUACCACGAGACCAAGGUUGCAAAACAACUAAUUGAGGAAUGCAAGGAGAGAAACCGAUUUUAUCUUUUUGUGAAUUCCAGGUCAAUCGCUAAGCGCAUAAAAGACAUUACCCGAGAGAUUACCCAUGCAAUGAGUUGCAUUCCUUUGGCUUCUCUAGAUAUUUCAUUGGGGAUCAGGGAAGAUAUUGACCGGCUGGUUAAUAACAUGCAAAAUGCUGAGUUCAAGGCUGGCAUUGCAGAAGAAGAGAUUUUGGAAAAAAUAGAAUCAGGGAUACAGGAAUGGAAUGUCGAUCGCUCCUAUGCCAAUAAAUUGCUUGUCUCUAUUGCAGAGGUCGUUGGAGCUUCAACUGAUCGAGCAGCAUUGAAAAAGGAGCUUGAAGAAUUUAAGAGCGAAAUAGAAAAUUUACGGUUGAGGAAAGACAAGGCUGAAGCCAUACAGAUGGAUCAAAUUAUUGCUUUGCUAGAAAGGGCAGAUGCAGCAACGUCACUGGCGGAUAGAGAAAAGAAGUACUUAAUGAAGAGAACUUUUUUAGGUAACCAGCCAUUAGAACCUCUCCAGUCCUUUUAUUGCCCAAUCACUCAAGAAGUAAUGGUUGAUCCUGUGGAAACUCCAUCAGGACAUACAUUUGAGAGGAGCGCCAUAGAGAAGUGGUUGGCAGAGCAGGAUGGUCACUUGUGUCCCGUGACCUCGACACCACUAGAUACUUCGAUGCUGAGGCCUAACAAAACACUAAGGCAAUCUAUAGAAGAAUGGAAGGACAGGAACACCAUGAUCAUUAUCGCUUCCUUGAAAUCUAGACUAUCAUUGGGAGAAGAAGAGGAGGUGCUGCAAUGCCUGGAACAGCUGCAAGAUCUUUGUGAAGAAGGAGAAAUGCACCGAGAAUGGAUUGUAUUGGAGAAUUACAUACCCUGUCUUACUGAGCUUCUUCAGGCGAAAAAUGGAGAUAUCAGAAAGCGUGCUCUUGAUAUCCUUUGCUUGCUGGCAAAGGAUAAUGAUGAUGCCAAGGAAAGAAUUGCUAGAGUUGACAAUGCCAUGGAAUCUAUUGCUAAGUCUCUUGGACGUCGCAUUGGUGAAGGAAAAUCAGCUGUGGCAUUACUCUUGGAACUCUCAGAAAAUGAAUCAGUGCGCAACUGGAUUGGCAAUGUCCAGGGCUGCAUUCUUCUUUUGGUAACUAUGUUAAGCAGUGCUGACAAUCUAGCCGCCGGAUAUGCGAAAAACAUUUUGGACAAUCUUUCGUUCUCUGAUGACAAUGUUAUCCUCAUGGCAAAGAAUAAUUAUUUUAAAUAUCUUCUGCAGCUUCUUUCUUCAGGGCAUGAGGACGUGAAGAUCAGAAUGACGAAAACUUUAGGAGAGAUGGAAUUAACUGAUCAUAAUAAAUCAUCUCUGGUUGAAGAGGGUGUCUUAGAUUUACUUCUUGUCUUGAUCUCACGUGAUAACCUUGAAAUGAGAAUAGAAGCAAUUCGAGCCUUACUGAACCUUUCAAGCUUACGAAAGAAUGGCCAGGAGAUGAUAAGAAAAGGUGGUGUGCGUCCAUUGCUUGACAUUCUCUUAUGUCACACUUCAUCUCAAAGCUUGCGUGAACUUGUAGCUGCUGUUCUUGUGAAUCUUUCUCAAUCAACAACACUUCAAGAUUCAGGAGAAUCACAGGUUUUGAUGUUGGAAUCCGACGAGGACAUAUAUAAACUUUUUUCAUUAAUUAACUUAACAGGACCUGCUGUGCAGGUAAACGUUCUCCGGGUGUUAUAUGCCAUGUGCCUAUCUCCCUCUGGUACUACUGUCAGGGAAAAACUGAGACAGGUAAAAACUCCCUGUUUUUGCUCUCUCAUAUUCAACUGCAUGCUUUCGAAAAUCAAGAAACAAUGUGUUGUUAUGCAAUUUAGGAUUUGUAGAGCGUUAAUGCUAUGUGUUUAAAAUGUCUUUCAUUCUCAGAUGAAUUAUGACGCUAGCCACCAUUUUUAUUUUGCUCUCUAAAUGAAUAAUAUAGGAUUUAGUUCCAAGUACAAAUUAGGCUGUUGG